CUGGGCCGUCAGCGACCUGCCAGGACCUGAAGUCGAGGCGGAGUCCGGAGUGGCGCCGGACUUCGGCCGGGGUGCAGCUGCCGCUGGAAGGAAAGAGCGAGAGGCUGCUCGAGUGGCCCUCCUCCCUUUGUGCCUGGGGUGGGGUCCACGAAGGGCGGGCCUCAGACCCGGCCUCACCUCGGCGACCCGGGACUGUGUGGUGGGUCAGUGGGGGUGACGUCUACCUCUCCGCGGGGCAGAGGUUUCCGGGGGUCUUGAGGCGCCCCGGACUGAGAAGGCUCUGGAGGGGCACCUGGGAGGCCCGGAAUUGCCCCGGGGCCUCGCGCCGAUCCCUGCGUUCUCUUUAGGAAGCCCCCUUUGCUUACCUCCCCAGCCGCGCCCCCACCCCCCACCUGGACUUCCCAGUCUGUCUGUCCUUGCAGGGCUGUCUUUCCCAAUAAAACCGUUGUGCACAGGUUUGGUAGGCUCCAGGCGCAGUGUGGGGUUUGACCUUACACCCCGAGAUCAAGAGUCAAAUGCCGUACUGACUGAGCCACUGAGGGACCCCUGUUAACGCUUUCUGUGGAUAUUUUUGCAUACAUAUGUGAAUGUCUUGUUGAGCUCAUGGUUGACCGGUCAUCAAAAAAUUUGAGGGAGGAUGGACGCAAAAGCUCGAAACUGUUUGCUUCAACAUAGAGAAGCCCUGGAAAAGGACAUCAAAACGUCCUACAUCAUGGAUCGUAUGAUUAAUGAUGGAGUUUUAACAGUAUCGGAGGAGGAAAAAGUAAAAAAUGAGCCCACUCAACAGCAGCGAGCAGCUCUGUUAAUUAAAAUGAUACUUAAAAAAGAUAAUUAUUCCUACAUAUCAUUCUACAAUGCUCUAAUACAUGAAGGGUAUAAAGAUCUUGCUGCCCUUCUUCAAAGUGGGAUUCCUGUCAUCUCUUCUUCCAGUGGUGGCAAAGAUUCAGUUGGUGGAAUAACUUCAUAUGUGAAGACAGUCUUAUGUGAAGGUGGAGUGCCACAGAGGCCGGUGGUUUUUGUUACCAGGAAGAAGCUGGUGAAUGCAAUUCAGCAGAACCUGCUCAAACUGAAUGGUGAACCAGGAUGGGUCGUCAUAUAUGGAAUGGCAGGUUGUGGGAAAUCUGUUUUAGCUGCAGAAUCUGUUCGAGAUCAUUUUUUCUUAGAUGGUUGUUUCCCAGGGGGUGUACACUGGGUUUCAGUUGGGAAACAGGACAAGUCUGGACUUCUGAUGAAAUUGCAGAACCUUUGCACACGGUUGGAUCAAGAUGAGAGUUUCUCUCAGAGGCUUCCGCUCAAUAUUGAAGAGGCUAAAGACCGUCUUCGCAUUCUUAUGCUGCGCAAACACCCAAGGUCUCUGUUGAUCUUGGAUGAUAUUUGGGAUCCUUGGGUAUUAAAAGCUUUUGACAAUCAGUGUCAAAUUCUUCUUACAACCAGGGACAAGAGCGUUACAGAUUCAGUAAUGGGUCCUAAAUAUGUAGUUUCUGUGGAGAGUGGCUUAGGAAAAGAAAAAGGACUUGAAAUUUUAUCCCUUUUUGUUAAUAUGAAGAAAGCAGAUUUGCCAGAACAAGCUCAUAGUAUUAUAAAGGAAUGUAAAGGUUCUCCUCUUGUAGUGUCUUUAAUUGGUGCACUUUUACGUGAUUUUCCUAACCGUUGGGAUUACUACCUCAGGCAACUUCAGAAUAAGCAAUUUAAGAGAAUAAGGAAAUCUUCAUCUUAUGAUUAUGAGGCUCUGGAUGAAGCCAUGUCUAUAAGUGUUGAAAUGCUCAGAGAGGACAUCAAAGAUUAUUACACAGAUCUUUCCAUCCUUCAGAAGGAUGUUAAGGUGCCUACAAAGGUGUUAUGUAUUCUCUGGGACAUGGAAACUGAAGAAGUUGAAGACAUACUGCAGGAGUUUGUUAAUAAGUCUCUCUUAUUUUGUGAUCGGAAUGGAAAAUCAUUUUGUUAUUAUUUACAUGAUCUUCAAGUAGAUUUCCUUAUAGAGAAGAAUCGCAACCAGCUUCAGAAUCUACAUAGGAAAAUAAUCACUCAGUUCCAGAAACAUUACCAGCCACAUACUCUUUCACCAGAUCAGGAGGACUGCAUGUAUUGGUACAACUUUCUGGCCUAUCACAUGGGUAGUGCCAAUAUGCACAAAGAACUUUGUGCUUUAAUGUUUUCCUUGGAUUGGAUUAAAGCAAAAACUGAACUCGUGGGCCCUGCUCAUCUGAUUCAUGAAUUUGUGGAAUACAGGCAUAUAUUGGAUGAAAAGGACUGUGCAGUCUGUGAAAAUUUCCAGGAAUUUUUAUCUUUAAAUGGACAUCUUCUUGGACGACAGCCAUUUCCUAAUAUUGUACAACUUGGUCUCUGUGAACCAGAAACUUCAGAAGUUUAUCAGCAAGCUAAGCUGCAGGCCAAGCAGGAGGUCGAUCAUGGAAUGCUUUAUCUGGAGUGGAUAAACAAAAAAAACAUCAAGAAUCUUUCCCGCUUAGUUGUCCGCCCCCAUACAGAUGCUGUUUACCAUGCUUGCUUUUCUGAGGAUGGUCAAAGAAUAGCUUCUUGUGGAGUUGAUAAAACCUUACAGGUGUUCAAAGCUGAAACAGGAGAGAAACUGCUAGAAAUCAAGGCUCAUGAGGAUGAAGUGCUUUGUUGUGCAUUCUCUACAGAUGACAGGUUUAUAGCAACCUGCUCAGUGGAUAAAAAAGUCAAGAUAUGGAAUUCUAUGACAGGGGAACUAGUACGUAUCUACGAUGAGCACUCAGAGCAAGUCAACUGCUGCCAUUUUGCCAACAACAGUCAGUACCUUCUGUUAGCCACCGCAUCAAGUGACUGCUUCCUUAAACUCUGGGAUUUGAAUCAAAAAGAAUGCCGAAAUACCAUGUUUGGCCACACAAAUUCAGUCAAUCACUGCAGAUUUUCACCAGAUGAUAAGCUUUUGGCUAGUUGUUCAGCUGACGGAACAUUAAAGCUUUGGGAUGUGAAAUCAGCAAACGAGAGGAAAAGCAUUGAUGUGAAGCAGUUCUUCCUAAAUUCAGAGGAGCCUCAAGAGGAUAUGGAAGUGAUAGUGAAAUGUUGUUCAUGGUCUGCUGAUGGUGCUAGGAUAAUGGUGGCAGCAAAAAAUAAAAUCUUUCUUUUUGACAUUCAUACCAACGGCUUAUUGGCAGAAAUCCAUACAGGCCAUCACAGCACCAUCCAGUAUUGUGAUUUCUCCCCACAAAAUCAUUUGGCAGUAGUGGCUUUGUCCCAGUGCUGUGUGGAGUUGUGGAAUAUGGACUCAUGUUUAAAAGUGGCUGAUUGCAGAGGACAUUUAAGUUGGGUUCAUUGUGUGAUGUUUUCUCCUGACGGAUCAUCAUUUUUGACAUCUUCUGAUGACCAGACAAUCAGGCUCUGGGAGACAAAAAAAGUAUGUAAGAACUCUGCUAUAGUGUUAAAGCAAGAAAUAGAUGUUGUGUUUCAAGAAAAUGAAGUGAUGGUUCUUGCAGCUGACAAUAUAAAACGAUUGCAGCUCAUUAAUGGAAAAACAGGUCAGAUUGAUUAUCUGACUGAAGCUCAAGUUAGUUGCUGUUGCCUAAGUCCGUAUCUUCAGUACAUUGCAUUUGGAGGUGAAGAUGGAGCCAUUGAGAUUUUAGAGCUCCUAAACAACAGAAUCUUCCAGUCCAGGAUUGGGCACAAGAAAACUGUGCGGCACAUCCAGUUCACAGAUGAUGGGAAGACUCUUAUUUCAAGCUCUGAUGAUUCUUCAAUUCAGGUAUGGAAUUGGCAGUCAGAAGAAUAUGUCUUUCUACAAGCCCAUCAGGAAACAGUGAAAGACUUUAAACUCUUGAAAAAUUCAAAACUGCUUUCCUGGUCAUUUGAUGGAACAGUGAAGGUAUGGAGUAUUAUUACUGGAAGAAUAGAAAAAGAUUUUGUCUGUCACCAGGAUACAGUACUUUCUUGUGAUAUCUCUCCUGAUGCUACCAAGUUUUCAUCUACAUCUGCUGACAAGACUGCAAAGAUUUGGAGUUUUGACCUUCUCUCCCCUCUUCAUGAACUGAGGGGCCACAGAGGCUGUGUGCGCUGCUCUGUCUUCUCUGUGGACAGUACCCUGUUGGCGACUGGAGACGACAAUGGAGAAAUCAGGAUAUGGAACGUCUCAAAUGGGGAGCUGCUUCAUUUGUGUGCUCCGAUUUCAGUAGAAGAAGGAGCUGCUACCCAUGGAGGUUGGGUGACUGACCUUUGCUUUUCUCCUGAUAGCAAAAUGCUUGUCUCUGCUGGAGGAUAUCUUAAGUGGUGGAAUGUUGUCACUGGGGAAUCCUCACAGACCUUCUACACAAAUGGAACCUAUCUUAAGAAAAUACACGUGUCCCCUGACUUCAAAACAUAUGUGACUGUUGAUAAUCUUGGUAUUUUAUAUAUUUUACAGAUGUUAGAGUAAAGUAGU